UUAGGGGUGCAAUAAUGUAAGUAUCCGCCAGGAGACGUGGCUGAGCAGCCGUUGCCAUGGACAACGCCUAGCGUCGUGACGUACAUACCAAGAUGGCUGACACACUUUUACUUCGAGCUCUGAAGGGAAAGGCGAAGAAAUUGAACUUUAGUAACAAGAAACUGGAUAGCGUUCCCCCAAUCAUAGGAAAAAUAGUGAGCUUAACGAACGUCGAGCUGAAAAACAAUAGAAUACGUGAUCUGCCUGCAGAGUUUGGAUCUCUAGUGCAGUUGGCGAUAUUGAACCUGGGGAACAACGAACUUGAGGAUCUGCCGGAGGCCCUAGCCUAUCUCCUGUCUCUACAGAGAUUGCACGUCUUUCAGAACAGACUAAGAACCCUCAACCCCAGAGUUCUCAUUGGUUUACAAAACCUGACUCUGCUUAAUUUGAACCACAAUGACUUGGUAACGCUGCCAGAGGAGAUUGGGAGACUGUGUAGCCUACAGUACCUGAGUCUGGAUCAUAACCACCUGGUGCACCUGCCCUCCACCCUGUGUGCCUGUGUGGAGCUGACAGAGCUACAUGUGGCUUACAACAACCUGCAGGGUCUGCCGCUGGAGAUAGGCUACCUGACUGGACUUACCAAACUACAUCUGCAGAGGAACAGAAUAAAGGAGCUCCCAGAGGGUCUCGGCAAGUUACUGAAACUGACCUACCUUGAUGUGGCUGGAAAUGAACUGAGGAUAUUUCCAACUGAGUUGGGGAAACUGCCCAUACGGGAGCUGUACUGUGAAGAAAACCCACUGCUGAGCUUUGCGCCUGUCCAUUCUGUUCAGGAGGAAGAGGUGUUAGCACUCAAGGAGAUAGCUGCACGUUUUGUCAUGAACGAGCUGAAAGAUAGGUUCUCCUACAUGAGGAAGGCUAUCCGCCACUACCCUGCCAUCCGUGAGAUGUUAGCUCAGGCCAGCCGAUGUGCCAUGUGUGACGAGGCCUUCCUCAACACAUGGCUGGAGUGUGUGCACUUCAUCGACGUCAGAAAGGACUUGAAGACAAAGAACUACGUGGGAACUAUCCCUGUUCGGGCUCUGCUCUGCUCCUACAAGUGUUUCAACAGGAAAGAUCAUCAUUUCUAUGGAGUUGCCUUCCCUUGAAAAGGAAUUUCUGGGUUAACUUUAGUACUAACAAUGUAUAACAGAUCAUGUGGGCAAUAUUUAAGAUUUAAUGAUACUCCUAUGUACAUGUAUUUUAAGAUAAUAAAUUCAUGCACCAAGAUACAAACCAAUGAAAUAUUUUAUAAACAUGGCUUUGUAAUAGAACUAUUUUUAGACUGAAUCUUGUAUAUGAGAGUAUAACAUACAUAUAUACAUUGAAAACCAAUAAAGAUGACCUUA